AUCAGCCAUUUAAGCUGAAGCAUUUUUUAAAUAACGCUUUACUGGAUUGUCUUCACCAGUGUCAAAAACAACAUGUCUCUAUGACAGCGCUUUUGAAGAGCUAAUUAAAAAAAACAGAGAAACACCACCCGGCUACAACAGUCGGUGUGUCUUAAACACAACAAACGAGCGCUCCAAGGCUAACGCGGGAAACGCCGCUGUGUCGGUUCAGUGUUUUCCACAGAGGAGCAGGCGCCACGCUAAUCCACACAGCAACGGAUACUAUCGGUACCAAGGCUAACAAAUGACCUGAGCCCGGAGGCUGUAGCUGUUUGGACCCGAGAAAGCUCAUCCUUGUCAGGACCGCGGUCCUCAGGCUGUGCCCGGACGGUUUGAACCAGCCCGGAGGAGCAGUUAAUUACAUGUCGGUCUGCACGCUGCUCGUCAACGUCUGUCUGCCACCGAACAGUUGUUAGCUCACACACAAAGAGCCGAGUCUUGCUAACUAGCUAAACAACUAGCACACCUUCUGUUCCUACUUUCUCCAAUAUAAUGGAUACGUUUCAGAAGGUGGAAAAGAUAGGAGAAGGGACCUAUGGAGUGGUUUACAAAGCCAAGAACAAGGUCACCGGAGAAACUGUUGCUCUCAAGAAAAUCAGGCUGGAGACGGAAACUGAGGGUGUACCAAGCACUGCCAUCAGAGAGAUUUCACUUCUCAAAGAACUCAGCCACCCAAACAUUGUCAAAUUGCGGGAUGUCAUCCACACAGAGAACAAGCUCUACCUUGUUUUUGAGUUCCUUCAUCAGGAUCUUAAAAAGUUCAUGGACUCCUCCUCAGUCACCGGUAUCCCACUGCCGUUGGUUAAGAGUUAUCUUUUCCAGCUGCUGCAAGGCCUGGCCUUCUGCCAUUCUCACAGGGUUCUUCAUCGAGACCUGAAGCCCCAAAACCUCCUCAUCAAUGCCCAGGGGGAGAUCAAGCUCGCUGACUUUGGCCUGGCAAGAGCUUUUGGGGUGCCUGUCCGCACAUACACGCAUGAGGUGGUAACACUUUGGUACAGAGCACCAGAAAUUCUCCUUGGCUGUAAAUACUAUUCCACCGCUGUCGACAUCUGGAGUCUGGGGUGCAUCUUUGCGGAAAUGAUCACAAGGAGGGCCUUGUUCCCCGGCGACUCUGAAAUCGAUCAGUUAUUCCGAAUCUUCCGCACCUUGGGCACGCCGGAUGAGACUGUCUGGCCAGGAGUCACAUCAAUGCCCGACUACAAACCAUCCUUCCCCAAGUGGGCUCGGCAGGACUUAUCCAAAGUGGUACCGCUUCUGGAUGAGGAUGGAAGAGAACUGCUUGGAGAAAUGCUGAAUUAUGACCCAAACAAAAGGUUGUCUGCCAAAAACGCCCUUGUGCACCGAUUCUUUCGCGAUGUCACCAUGCCUAUACCUCAUCUGAGACUGUGAGUGGAGAAGAACAUCAGGCUUUUUUUAAUGUCAACAAUGUCAAAGCAAUAAGGACCUCCUUGCCUUGCUCCAUGUCCCGCACUGGAAUGGACAGAAAAAGUGGACCCUGCAGGAUAUGUUGGAUCUUAUAGGGGAUAUUUGUUAAUACCUAAAACCAGCUUUCUAGACGAUAGAUGUCCCGAGAGUCUUGCUGUUAUUUCAGCCAUGAUGUUAUAAUAGUUAUGAAUGUUUAACUGUAAUUUUCCACAGAAUUGUUUUGCAUAUUUAUGUACAGCUGCCAUUUUUGAUGUAAAUGUUAUUUGUGAUUGGGAUGGUCGUCUGACUCGGUGCAGGUCAGAUAGACACGUUUAAGUUAUCUGCCCUUAAAUUUCCCAACUUAAACAUGAUGGCAACUUUAGGAUGUCCAAAUUCAGAUAGUAUGGUAGUUACAGUAAAAUAUAAUUGAAGAAGUUUUUGGGAUAGUGCAAAUAACAAGAUAAAAGAUGGAGUGUGGCUCUCAGCACAAGUUGUCACACAACAAGCAUCAUCUGCUGAUGUAAAACAAUCCAUACUGAAAGAACAGGAAAUUGCAAGUUUGUUCUUUUAGGUUAAUUUCCUUACAGUGAAAUUCAAAAUGUGGGUCUAGUUUAUCUUGAAGUGAUUUUAAAACGGCACUUUUUGGUUGUUGAACAUGCAGAAAUGUUAGUUGGUUUUCUGGCAGGAUUACUCACCAAACUGAGUCUCUCAGCUUUGUACAUACACUUGGUCCCUGUUGUAAUUCAAUUUUACAGUGUGCUGUUUCAUCUUUCUUACUCUUGAUUUUAUUCCAAGUUAUUGAACUGUUUUUAUGGACAUUGUUUAUUUAGAGUUUGAAAAAAUAAACUUGUUUAAAUAAUUGUUA